AUGAUAUUUUUCAAGAAAAACAAUAGGAAGCUUUCUGAAGAGCCUUCCUUCAGCAAAGCCAAGUUUGUUACAAUUGGUGAACCAUUGAGAUGGGUGUCGUCGGGUACAGAACAGCCCACAGAAGAAGUGUUUUCGGAUGAACAGUUGGAAAAGUACAAGGCGGUAUUGAAACAUUUUUCUCGACCUGAAUUAGUUUUGCCUACGGUAGAGGCAACGCAUGAUGACGGUCGUCAUAAGAUGAGGCCGCUGAGUCAAUAUGAAAAAGCGUGGUUAACAAGGGAGUGUAUAAUCAGGUAUUUGAAGGCUGUCAAGUGGGUUGUGGGCGAAGCGAUCAACCGGCUAACAUUAUCAAUAGGUUGGAGGCGGCAGUUUGGAAUUUCAAACUUUGGUGAAGAGAAUGGGGACAGUCUUACUGGGGAGACUGUAUCAGUAGAAAACGAAACAGGUAAAGAGGUGAUACUUGGAUUUGAUAAGGAUCGUCGGCCGAUUCUUUAUUUGAAGCCUGGUAGGCAAAAUACUAGGACAUCUCGGAGACAGAUUCAACAUUUAGUUUUCAUGUUGGAAAGGGUAAUUGACUUGAUGCCUCCAGGCCAGGACACUCUCACCUUAUUGAUUGAUUUCAGGGAUCAUAAUGAUAUUCCUAAAGUUCUUGGAAAUAGUAAAACUCCUCCAAUCGGGGUUGGUAAGGAAGUGCUCCAUAUUCUACAAACUCAUUAUCCUGAAAGGUUGGGAAAGGCAUUGCUGACUAAUAUUCCAUGGCUUGCGUGGAGUUUUCUGAAGAUGAUACAUCCAUUUAUUGAUCCUCAAACCCGUGAUAAAUUAGUUUUGGAUGAGCCAUUUGAAAAUUAUGUUUCGUUAGAUCAGCUAGACAAAUCUUACGGUGGUUACUUGGACUUUGUAUAUGACCACAAAACGUAUUGGCCGAAAUUGCUUGAAUACACUAAAAAUAAUAGGACACAUUGUAUGCAGAGAUUUCAUCGGUUCGGUGGCACCGUAGGUUUGAGUGAAUAUGAUAUGAUAGGUCACCAUGAUGAACUUAAAUUUCCUAUUGAUACCUCACUACUAACUAGCUAA